CAGCUUCGUUUGCUGACAUUUUAAAAUCGUUUGGCAGCCGUGUCUGUUCAAAACAGAACGGAUAAGUUUCGGCCACGCUUUUAAAGUCAAAAUCGGCUAACUUUCCACGAAGAUGCAGAAUAAAGAAAAUUACGAGCCUAGGACUACCCAGCAGCCGUUUGCCACCCCUAUCACGUUAACGAACGCCCCGCGUGCUUUGGUGAAGCCGUGGCCGGGAACUGGCAAAAAUGUUGUCCCAGGACCAGGGAGAGAAUGUGUCAGUUCGUCUUCCAGUUCAGGUGCAAAGAAGUUCUCCAUCGAUGACUUUGACAUCGGCCGACCCCUCGGGAAAGGCAAGUUUGGCAACGUGUAUCUUGCCAGAGUGAAGGAGAUGCAUGCCGUCGUGGCUCUGAAGGUGCUGUUCAAGUCCGAGAUGGAGAAGGAAAGUGUGGAGCACCAGCUCAGAAGGGAGAUCGAGAUCCAAGCCCGUCUCAACCAUCCCAACAUCCUGCGCUUUUACAACUAUUUCCACGAUCGAAAAAGGGUGUUUCUGGUGCUGGAAUACGCUCCACGCGGCGAAAUGUACAAGGAGUUGCAGCGGUGCGGACGAUUUGACGAGCAACGCACUGCAACUUACAUGGAGGAGAUAGCUGACGCGCUCCAGUACUGCCACAAGAAGAAGGUGAUCCAUCGCGACAUCAAGCCAGAGAAUCUGCUUCUUGGCUUUCGCGGAGAGCUGAAAAUAGCCGACUUCGGUUGGUCCGUGCACGCGCCGUCACUCAGACGUCGUACGAUGUGCGGCACGCUGGACUACCUCCCUCCCGAGAUGGUGGAGGGCCACACCCACAGCGAGAAGGUGGACCUGUGGUGCAUCGGGGUCCUCUGCUACGAAUGCCUGAAUGGGAACCCGCCCUUUGAAACAUCCAACCAUGCCGAAACAUACAAAAGAAUAGUGAAGGUGGAUCUGAAGUUCCCUCAGGUAUUCUCUGCAGGCGCACGGGACCUGAUCUCCAACCUGCUCCGCCACUGCCCCAACGAUCGCCUCUCGUUACAGGACGUCAUCGAUCACCCGUGGGUGCGCACCAACUCCCAUCGGAUCUUGCCUCCCAUCUGUCCCGCUAAAACGUCGUGAGCACCCCACCUGCUCUCGAUGGAGAUCUGUUUUUGCUUUAUUCCACGGUGAUGAUUGUUGUACAGUGUGGUUUAUUCCUAGGUAGUUAAGAUGUAUUGGUUGUUUUAUUGUCAUCUUGUGUCUGAAAAGUGUUUCUGAUGAUGCCAAAGUGCUGUACUUCUCAACGCUUUUGCCUGAUUGUAGGGCUUGAAUUUAAAUUCUAAUAAACACAUACUUUUACCAUGAA